UGAACGGUCGCUUACGUCAAAAAAAAAUCUCCCAUCAUGCUCUGCGCGGGCGCUUCACAAAAAGCCCGAUGAGCAGACUGAGGAGGAGGAGGCUGCCAGCCGAGGGGGGUAGCCGAUUCCCGGAGAGGAUUUUCUGUUCUCGUCGCCCGAAUGAUCAAAUCGUGACGGCGGAGGAAGAAAACAAAGAUAAAAGCAUCAUAAAACAUGAUGCUCGCUCCCGCACAGCACCUUCCGUCGGGCCUGUGAGUGUCGGCAGGUUUCCGACCGCCGCCUCUUCGGGGGAUUCUCCUGUCUGAGUCCGUCCUGACCCGCGACACCGCCAGGCGAUGACAGCGGCUACAGCCACUCCGCAGGUGAUGAGAGACCGGCUGCUACAGGCCAUCGACGGCCAGAGCAAUCAGAUAUGCAACAUGGUGGUAGUUAUGGAGGUGAUCUCCUUUUUGGAGAAAUAUCCUAUCACCAAAGAGGCCCUGGAGGAAACCCGUCUUGGUAAGCUCAUCAACGAUGUCCGGAAGAAGACCAAGAAUGAGGACCUUGCGAGAAGGGCAAAGAAGCUCCUGAGAAACUGGCAGAAGCUUAUUGAGCCAGGGAAGGGUGAGGUGAUGUCCAAAGGACACACAGGUGCAUCGUGGUCUUCCAAUGGUGGUGCUCAUCCUUGCAUCUCUGCUCCAGCUGCCACCACACCAUCAGGUAAAACGGGUGCAGAGUUGAAGAACAGAAAUGACUUCAACAACUGCACCUCUCCUAGGCUGGAAAAACUGAGCAGCAGGAAACGCAAGGGUGACCAGAAGGACGGAUUGCUCUUACCAGCCAAGAUAUCCAAAACAACUCUUAAUGAUAAAAUACAAAACUCCAAACAGCUGCCAACCAAUGGAAUUGGCGGCAGCUCUGAAAUUUUUACAGAUACUCGUCAGCCUUUAGAUAAGGAGAUUUCUGAGCCUUUGGACAGUGACAGACCAAACAAAAUCCCUGUCAAUGCUGUAAAACCUCAUCCAAGUGCCCCGGGAUACAGCAAGCCUCCUAGCACUUCUUCUUUGCUAAAAGCAUCGGUUCUGCAGCAGCAAUCCAGAAAGGAGCAAGCAUCUUCUGGGGUGCAGUAUCAACCCAGAAGCCCACGUGGUUCCUUGCACAGUCCUCAAACUCCAAAGCAGGAAGUUGGUGUUAAACAAACUGCAUCACAAGCACAGAGUCUUUCUAGUCCCACUGUGAGGUCUGGGUCUGCGGACAUCUCUGGGUUGGGGCCUUCCCCUCAGCCUUUCAAUAUUUGUGUUCAGGGUUUGCAUACCGAUAGUUCUUGGUCUUCAGAUUUGGACUCUAAAAGCAGGCCUCCCAGUACAUCUCUUCACAACUCGCAUGCCUCCUCCUGCAGUGAUGGGGUAAGUUUUGAAGAUGGUGGUGCUGUUAGCAAUACAGGGAAAAGGAAAGGACAGAAACACAAGCAGAAGGACUUGGUGGUAAAGUUAGAUGAACAGGCUGUAGAAGACGGCACUAAACCAGUCAGGUUAAAAGACAGGAGGCUGACAUUUGACCCUGUAACGGGUCAAAUCAAGUCCUCCUUUCAUAAGGAGUCUUGCCAGGAGGGGGAGGUUAUACCGGUCCACAAACCUGAAUCUCAAUGGUCAGAGCAGCCGAAGCAGAAUCCAGCGGUUCCUCCCAGUCCCUUCCAGCAGACAGACUGGAAAGAGCUGUCGAGGAGCGAAAUCAUCCAGUCUUACCUUAGCCAGCAAAGCAACGUGCUGACGUCGUCAGGUGCCCACACCCCCGGUGCACACUUUUUCAUGACUGAGUUUUUGAAAAAAGAGGAACACCAAAGUAACGAUGCCAAGAAAACACACGCUUUGGCUCCAGAACUCCCAGCCAGAGAUUUACCAGGGAUUAGCAGAGAAGUCAUCAGUGAAGACCUGAACAGAUUACACACACAACACUGGUCCGGCGUUAACGGUUGCUACGACACAAAGGGAAAUUGGUUUGACUGGACAGAGUGCAUCUCCUUAGACCCCCAUGGAGAUGAGAGCAGGUUAAACAUAUUGCCGUACGUCUGUCUGGAUUAAAACUGAGGUUUGGUUUUAGGUGUAAGCUGCCUUCAUCAUACGGCACAUCAACUUUGUAUACAUGAAGGCGCUUCAUUUAAGUGUAUGCUGCUUGAGUGUGUGUGUGUGUGUGUGUGUGUGUGUGUGUGUGGGGAGCACAGGGGGUGUAAUCAGUGUUUUUAUGAGUUUUUUGAACAUUGUUUGAGGAGAGUGCAAAGGUAAAAGGCUAUGCAUUAUUUGACCAUUUAGUUGUUGGUGUUCAGUAACUGUACAGAUUACCAGUACCUGCCAUUCUUGGGGAGAGAAUAUCACAUUAAACUGCACAGCUACAGUUCAUCUGUCUUAUGUUAUCCACAUGGAUUGUGACUUUACUGAGUUUUUAGCAUCCAUUCAUAUUUAGUCCACAGUGCAGUAUUUUCUCUUCAUUUAAAGUUCUGUUCAGUUUUAUGUUUAAAAGGAAAAAAAAACUGUGACUCAAGUCUCUCAUCUUGCUAUAGAGAGUAGUAAGCUACAUGAUUGGAGCAGACGUACAACAGAUACAUCUACCGCGGGUCUUGAACAAGCCUGUGUAACUGUUAAAGCUGAACUUAAUGCUAUCUUCAAGCAUCCAUGGUAACUGUUUGUGCUGUGAAUGGAAAAGCAUCUAUCACUGCGCACCAUUGCACAACUGUCUAAUGCAGCGACCUUUAGCAGAAAUAAUAACUAACAAAUCAGUUUUAAAACGUGAAUAUUUUUCUUGUGUCGUGAGAUUUGAAUGCUGUUAAAUAAAGUGAUAUGAAACUGCCAGAUAUGACUGUGCAGUUUGAGGUGAGGGAAAGAAGGAAAGGAAGAAAGGCUUGUGUUGGGCUAGAACAACAUACGCUGAUUAAAGAAACGUGGCUGUCAUGUAUGAUAUUUAUUUACAUUUACAUAUUCAUUUUAAGAUUUCUAUACAUGUUCAGACAAACAUCUUUUGUUAGGUUUCUUUAUUCAGAAUUGGUUCAGUGACGCAGCAGUGACUUUUCUAAAACUUCUCCUGCUGAUUCACCAAUCUACCUUAAGCAGGAAAAACUCUCCGAAAUGACACAUUUUGAUAAUGUGAACUGAUUUUAUUUAUACUUGCCUUUUCCCUUUACUGUGUAUUUAGGUUGUAAUAUAUGAAUUGAAAUGGCAGAGCAGAUUAUGCUAUGCUAUUAGCUUGCAUCUUUGUACUGUCAGGAACAACUGAGAUAUAAAUUAACAUGCUGGAUAAAGUACUUAAUAUCAUUCCUUUUAGAUAUUGUUUGCCUUAUGGAAACCUGUGUUUUCCCUAAAGACAGAGCCUUAGUGAAUGUACAGAAAUUAGCCUUUUGUGUUCAGUCGAAUGCAGAAGAGAACAUAUUUGCUACUUAGUCCUUUAAGUGGACAUGUUGAUAUGUGUUAAUAAAAAAACUGAAGGAAAUGUGA